CGAUUGUAAUAAACCAAAUUUGCAUUCCUCCCUACCCCCUGCUAGCUGUAAGUAGCUGGGCUGUGGGCCAUUUCUAUAAUCCCCCCUCCUCUCUCAGCCCCGCUGAUAACAAAGAAAAAUCUAAAUUAUUGGGUAAGGUUAGGUGUCCACAAUUUUUAUGUGAAUGAUCCGCAAAACACAAGUGAGAAACACAUCAAGUUCCAGUGCUCCAAAAUGUGAAAUGGCGUAAAAGUUGGGGGGCUAAACCCGAACAUUGAAGAAUUCCGCGAAAACACCUGACUAAAAUAAACAUUAAAACUGGAAUUGUGGAGUGCGCAGUUCUUUGAGUGUGUGUUGUUACUCUACAGCGCUCUGUUUAUUAAUCUAGUUUAUUAAUACUAUAUUUAAAAUGAGUAAAAUGUACUCAACUGCUAAUUUAACGGAUAAGGAACUCAAGGAACAGGGUAAUCGUUUAUUUGGCCUCCACAAGUAUGAAGAUGCAAUUAAUUGUUACACAAAAGCUAUUAUAAAAAAUCCAGGACAGGCUCAGUAUUUUACGAAUCGUGCAUUGUGUCACUUGAAGCUGAAGAGAUGGGAUUCUUCGUGCCAAGACUGUCGACAUGCUUUAGAUAUGGACCCUUGUUUGGUCAAGGGGCAUUUCUUCCUUGGAUUAGCCCUCCUGGAGAUGGAGUCUUAUGAUGAGGCUAUUAAACAUUUGCAACGAGCUGUUGACUUGGCAAAAGAGCAGAAGCUCAAUUACGGAGAUGAUUUAACCAGCGUCCUGAGACAGGCAAGAAAACGUCGAUUUCAGUUGAGAGAAGAGCAACGUUUGGCACAGGAUAUUGAAUUGCAAACAUAUUUGAAUCAAUUGAUUAUUGAGGAUGCUGAAAGAAGAUUAACUGCCCUGGAGGAGCAACAGUCGUCGGUAUCCACAGAGCGUGAGGAGAUUGGUGGUGAGGCAAAUAAUGGAGAAGAGGCGUCAGCUAAUGCUUUAGCAGCCUCAGUCGCUAGGCUUGAGAUUGAAAAUAAAAAAGAGACUUCCAUUACGAGAUUGAACGAUUUGUUUGCUAAAGUUGAUGAGAGACGAAGGAAAAGAGAAGUCCCUGAUUACCUUUGUGGCAAAAUAAGCUUCGAGAUUCUGCAGGAGCCAGUAAUAACGCCUAGUGGAAUAACAUACGAGCGUAAAGAUAUCGAGGAGCAUCUCCAGCGUGUAGGCCACUUUGAUCCAGUAACACGUGUUCGUCUCACUCAGGACCAGUUAAUCCCAAAUCUGUCGAUGAAGGAAGUAGUUGACUCGUUCUUGCAGGACAACGAGUGGGCUUUGGACUAUUAAUAAGUAACAAAACCGCCUAAUUCAGUGAUUUGUAAUGCAUAAUUCAUAGAGUAACUUCCUAGGGAUGGAACAAAUUUAUAAAAUUGCAAACAUUGUAUGAGUUAACAAUAUUUUGAGAAAUAGUUGACGGCAAUGCGAGUCUCGUUCAUUUUUUAUGCUUUAUUAUUAAUUCUAUCAUCACUAUUAUUUCUACUAGCGUUAUCAUUAUCAUUAUUUUAAAAGGCUAAAAUGUUUCUCUGAAUAUUGUUGGCUCUUGAAUGGUUUAUAAAAGUGAAAUUCCGUCCACAUGCAGAUGUGUAUGGAUCGAUCAUUACAUUCGACGAUUUUGUCAAUAUAAAAGCAUAAGUGCUAUGCGAUGAAUAUUAAAUACUUUGAGAAAUGCAAUUAUUAAAUAAAGUAAAAUUUAUUUUAUUCAAA